CCCGCUUCCCAACACUUUAACUCACAUACAACAUCCAGACCUACACCUUCUCCUUUAACCACCCUCCUCACAACCACAAAAAACAACACACAAAAUGCCUCGUCAACGCCGUGGUGCCGCCCCUACUCCCGCGCGCAGCGCUCCCACCCGCCCUACCGCUGCUCCCGCCAGACCUGCUGCCGCCCCUUCUUACGGCCAGCAACAGCCUCACUCCACUGCUGCUCACCCCCAGCAGCAGCACCACGCUGCCCCUCCAGCUGCUGCCCCCGCUGCCACUCCCGCCGCUGCUCCCGUCCAGCAAAGCCAGGGCCCCGGUCUCUUCGGCCAGAUGGCCUCGACUGCUGCUGGUGUCGCCGUCGGCUCCUCCAUCGGCCACGCCAUCGGCGGAAUGUUCUUCGGCGGUGGUGGCGGCUCCAGUGCUCCCGCUGAGGCUCCCCAGCAGGCUGCGCCGGCUCCCGCUCAGCCCAUGGACAACGGUCUCUGGGCUGGAAACGCUACCAACAGCUCUUGGGAGGCGCCGGCUUGUGCCACGGAUGCGCAGAACUUCCGCAAGUGCAUGGAUGAGAACAAGGGUGAUUUGACGAUCUGUGGAUGGUACUUGGACCAGCUGAAGGCUUGCCAGGCUGCUGCUAAGCCGUACUAAUUGGAGACUGAGUAUCGAAGGUGAUUGAUGAUGGUGGAUGAGAUGAAUGAUUUUCUUAUGGAUGGAUGGGCAAUAUAUGGCAUAGUGGUGGAUUAGCCCGUUAUUUCCCUCUUAUUUUAUUUUAUUAUCUAUUACCCCCUUGUAUAACAUAUACCACUUUGGAAGCUUACUACCCUUUUUUUUUAUGGGUUGGCUAUGUCUGUGAUGGGCAUGCAUGCAUGGACAGGAACUAAUUGAAAAUAUAGAUAAAAAAGGAUCAUUCCACUCUUC